UGUCCCGGAUCCGGGGGAGCGUGCCGGUCAGCCGAAGCAUGCAGCAGUGCCGGCGAGCACCCCAACGGGCCGUGCUGGCUGCAAGGACCCAGCGCAGGGAGCCCCGCACGCUUGCGGGGUGCUCAGCAUCCGGCUGCUCUCUCCGUCCCGUGCAGGAUCCCCCUACGGAAGGGCAGAUCCAUGCGGGAGGCAAUGGCAGAGGAGAGAGAUUUCCUGAAGCACCUCAAGGGUGACCUGGGCAGGAAGUAUCAGCUCAGUAAUGCUGUGGCUUAUGAACCGCUAACAAACUACCUGGAUUCCUUCUACUUUGGGGAGAUCAGCAUUGGGACCCCUCCGCAGAGCUUCCGGGUGCUCUUUGACACUGGCUCCGCCGACCUCUGGGUGCCGUCCACGUACUGCCAGAUGCCGGCCUGCGUCGCCCACGCCAGGUUUGACCCCAGCCAGUCACUGACCUUCUCCAACAUUGGUGCCACCUACACCCUGACCUAUGGUUUUGGUGACCUGUCCGUGGUGUUGGGUUACGACACCGUGACAAUCCAGAACAUUGUUGUCACGAACCAGGAGUUUGGUCUGAGCCAGGAUGAGCCCAGCAGACCCUGUUACUACCUGGACUUUGACGGGAUUUUGGGCAUGGCUUACCCAGGUGUUGCGAUCAGUGGUUACAACACCCUGAUGCAGAACAUGCUGCAGCAGAAUCAGCUUUCUGAACCUAUCUUCAGUUUCUAUUACUCCCGUAACCCGACCUAUAAUUACGGAGGGGAGGUCAUCCUCGGAGGCAUUGACACCCAGCUGUACUCAGGGGAGGUUUUAUGGGCACCGGUGGUCCAGGAAGCUUACUGGAAGAUCGGUAUUGAGGAGUUCUCCAUCGGGCAGUCAACCACGGGCUGGUGCAGCCAGGGCUGUCACGGCAUCGUGGACACCGGGACGUUCCAGCUCACCGUCCCAGCACAAUACAUGCCAGCUUUCCUGCGGGCUCUGGGUGCACAGGAGAGUAACUAUGGGUUUGUCGUUGACUGCAACAACAUCCAGAACAUGCCCACCCUCUACUUUGCCAUCAGUGGAGCCCAGUUACCGCUGCCUCCAUCUGUCUACGUAUUAAAUAACAACGGCAUCUGCACCAUUGGGGUUGAGAGCACUUACGUGUCUUCCGACAGUGGCCAACCGCUCUGGAUCCUCGGCAACGUCUUCCUCCGGCAGUAUUAUUCCAUCUUUGACAUGGCCAACAACAGAGUUGGCUUUGCCCUAUCAGCCUAGGGGUGCCAAGUGUCGCCCGCACAGAAAGCCUUCCCUCCUCCCGGCAACUGCUCCUUCUUCCUGGUCUCUGAGGAAUCCUGUUUAAUUUGAAUGGAGAGGUUGCGGCUCUCCAGUGCAUGUGAGACACAACCUUAUCCUCCUUUGGACCGG